AAAUAUCCCUUUCAUUCUUCUCUAUAUUUGAAACAAAUCAAAAUAUGGCUCGUCUAAAAUCUAAUGCUUUACUAAUUGUACUACUUGUUGCAACUUCUAUUGUAUUGAGUGAGAGUAGGAUUGCAAGGAAGGACUUGGGUUUAGACCUUGGUGGUGUAGGGCUAGGGUUAGGCCUAGGGUUGGGUGUUGGUGGAGGAUCUGGCUCUGGAGCCGGUGCUGGUGUUGGAUCCGGUGGUUCAAGUUCUAGCUCGAGCUCUGCUUCAUCUAGCUCAAGCUCAGAUUCAGGUGGAGGAGGUGCAGGCUCUGAAGCAGGCUCCUAUGCCGGGUCUAGUGCUGGGUCAGGCUCAAGAUCACGAGGUGGUGGUCGUGGUGGAGGAGGCGGUGGUGGAGGUGGUGGAGGAGGAGGUGGCGGUGGUGGUUCGGGUCAAGGAAGUGGGUAUGGACAUGGUGAAGGUGGUGGACAUGGUGGAGGGUAUGGUGGUGGUGGGGACUAAAUAUGAAGUCUAAGCUAAAUUUAAGUUGACAUUCUUGUGUUAAUUGAAAAUGAGCUUUUAAGAGAGCUUGUUUAUUAUUGUUUAAUGACUAGCAAUGCAAGUUACCAUGCAUGGCAACAUCUAUGUACUUUAAAGAGUACACAAAUAGAAUAAAGUAUAUUUAAGGUUUCCCAUUGUAGAAAGUCGAUUUGCUUUGCUAGCUAUAUAUAGUUUGCGUUUUUAUUUACGCAGUGUGUUAUUCAUUGAAUUGUAAUGACGUCAAAAAAAGUUUAUAAUGAAAAUUUCAUUUUGCAUCCUA